CAUACGUUUUCCUCCAUUCCAACUGCCCAGCUGAUUGCGUUUUCUUCACAUCUCAUUCGUAAACAACAGCGUUGUCGGAGAUUUUGCUUUUUGUUUAUUUUUUAUCGGGCAUUACCCGUUUUAAACCACCUUCUUAUUUGUUUCGUUGGAAACGUUUUUUAUUUUGGUUUGCUUUGCAGUAGCCGAUAAACAUACACCUACCUCCUUACAAAAAGGACAUUGUAUUUGGAAUUAGGACACACAGAGAGUGGUGGCUUCAUUAGAGUCCUGCAACUAUACUGGAGGUUAGAUGGGAACAUCUCCACGAGAGCCAUACCGUAAUUGAAAAAUUAAAUCAAAGCCCCGUGUUGCUAUCCAACAGUAAUUAAAUUCAGUUGAUGAAAUCCAAAUUUAAAGACGCUUUAACUUGGAUAGGCUCAAAAAGUAACUUUUUACAAAAUGUUGAAAAGUAACAACUUCAACAGCAUUAUCGAUGACUUAUCGGCAUUCAGUCAAGCAGAUACAUUCGAAGCAUUAAGACCUACAACACUGGAAUUGGAUGAAGCUGGCAGCAGCGAUCAAAUAACCUCGAUACAAUCUCCCACAAAUAAUAAUCUGAAUUCAUUAAAUAAUAACAAUAAUGAAAAGAACAAUGCUGAGAAGAGUCAACCAUCUACAGAUCCCACAGAUGAAGCUUCGUCACCCUCCACAUCCUCCCUAGCGGCCUUACAAUUAACAGCGGGUUUUAUGCAGUUGUAUUCUCCGCCAUUGGCCAAGGCAAGGACACAGCUCAAGGAGUUAAUUGGCAAACAGAAUAAAAUCUAUAUAGAUUUGUCGGCGGAAAAAUUCAAGCUGGACAAUGGUGAAGUUGCCAAAUUACAAGAUAUGAUGACUGAUGUCAAAGAGUAUCGGGAAAAAUUAUUGAAAAUUAAGAAACAAAUGCAAAACAUUUAUCAGAGAUCCAAAGUGCUGAAGAAAAGAGCUCUAAACAUACAGUCGUGCAAAGAGAAGGAGCUACAAAAGAAAUUACAAAAACAACAACACGAAGAAUCAUUAAUUGCCAAACAACAACAACAACAGCAGCAGCAACAACAGCAUCAUGAGGAACCACAAUAGUAUUGAGAAAAAAAUGAAUAUAAGUUUUUUUUUUUAAUUUUUAGUGAAUUUGUUGUUACAAAGAAAAAAGAAAUAAUGGGAAAAGAAUGUCACGGUAAAGUAGAUAAUAAAUUAUAAAAAAAACGAAAAUAGUGCAAUAAAUAAUAUUUUAAAUGCAAAAAAAAAAAAAAAAAUUAUAAAAAAUUACGUAUUUUAUAUUAAAACAAAAAAAUAUAAUAAUAAUUAAAUAAAUUAAAAUUAAAAAAUAAAUAAAUAAAAAAUUAUCUAAAUUAAAAAAUAUUAAUAAU